AUUAAUGAAAAUCAAAAGCAGCAGCUGGAAUCUGUGAGCUAUUCCUCUCGCUACGCUCUGGGACUUUUUUAUGAAGCCGGAACACGGAUUGAUGUCCCCUGGGCCGCUCAGUACAUCACCAAUAAUCCCUGCAUACGCUUCAUCUCCAUCGAUAAUAAGAAACGCAAUAUAGAGUCUCCUGAAAUUGGACCAUCAGUUGUAAUUCACACAAACGUGACGUUUGGAUGCAAUCACCUGGACUCAGACCUUGCAGAAGUGCAGCAGUUAAUUCUCAAUCACCUGGAAAGCAUUUUGCCAUCUCUGCCUAAACCAGCCAGCAUCAAGUGUCAGAAAUGGAGAUACUCUCAGGUUACAAAGGCUGUACCAAAUUGUCCGGGACAAAUGAUUCUUCACACUCAACCUCUCCUAAUUUGUGGGGGCGAUGGAUUUACUCAUUCCAACUUUGAUGGCUGUAUAGAUUCUGCCAUGAGCCUUGUGAAGGCUAUAAAGUCUCAUUUAUAGCAAUUUCAAAGUCAUCUGCUAUGUGUACAUAGUCUAGAUUUACGAUGAAUUUUACUAUGUUAGAUUGAAUUCUAGUUCAGCGUUAACAUCACUGGCUUCUAUUUUGCAAAAAUAAAUAAAGGGUUCUAUUGCGAUAUUGCAGUAAUAACGGGGAUGGAAUUGAACUGAAUUUUCCACGACUUCUUACAAAAAAGAAACCUUUUUUUGUAAGCUUUCUUCUUACGCAUGACCCUCUAACUUCAGCAGGUGUUACAAGCUGUGAGGGAUACUGGAUGCUUCUUAAAAAACACCAUUCACUCCCUAGCUGCCUCUACAAAUGUUUACAUCCAUUUACUGACCAGUAAAU